AUGCAGAUGGCUCGGGGAACAAUAGAUGCUAAAGAGCUGAAGGUUGCCAUGAGGGCACUAGGAUUUGAACCAAAGAAGGAGGAAAUUAAAAAGUUGAUAGCAGAGAUAGAUAAAGAGUCAACAGGUACCAUAGACUUCAAUGAUUUUCUGACCUUGAUGACACAUAAGAUGAGUGAGAAGGACUCCCGGGAGGAGAUCCUCAAAGCUUUUCGUCUGUUUGAUGAUGAUGAAACUGGCAAGAUUUCCUUCCGCAACUUGAAGAGAGUAGCCAAGGAGCUGGGCGAGAACAUGACAGAUGAAGAGUUGCAGGAGAUGAUCGAUGAGGCAGACAGAGAUGGAGAUGGGGAGAUAAACCAGGAAGAAUUCUUAAGAAUUAUGAAAAAGACUAGUUUAUACUGA